CCGGUCAUGUGACCGUCUCAAAAUGGCGUCGUCUCUCAAGGCCGGGGAGCCGUUCCGCCGGUUCUUAUCGAGCCCAGCGGCGAGCGGCGUCCCCGAAGCGCUGAGGGCGGAGCUCGCGGCGGCCCUGGCCGAGGGCAGCCUGCCUUUCGCGCUCCUCCGGGAGCUCCAGCGGGCCCUGCGGGAGGAGGGCGCAUCGGCGGCCGGUUCUCCGGUGUAUCUUCAUGAACUGUUGGAAGGCAGCGAGAUCUUUCUUCCUGAAGUGACAAAAGCACCCAGGAACCCAGAAUUGGUGGCCCGGCUGGAGAAGAUCAAAGCCCGGUUGGCAAAUGAGGAAUACAAACAGAUGACAAGGAACAUCAACUGCCAGGAGCUGAACCCCCAGGGCGCCCUGGCUGAUCUCGGGAGGCAAGUCAGGUCAGCCAAGGCGGUGACGGUCACCCUCCUCAACUUCCUCGUCACGGUGGGAGCCGCCUUCGCCUGCGCGUUCCUGGGCAGCCAGUACAUCUUCGCCGAGGUGGCAGCGCGGGUGAUCGCAGCUGUGAUCGCGGCCUCCGUGGUGGGCCUGGCGGAGCUGUACAUGAUGGUGCAGGCCAUGGAAGGGGAGCUGGGGCAGCUGUAGGGCAGGGCCAGGCGCCCAGGAGGCCCUGCGGCCGCUUCCUUUGGCUCCUCCGGACCCCCCUCGCUCCGGGGAGGGGGCACCCGGACCCCCGGCAGCCUUCCACAGACCCCCGAGGGGCCCCUCAGGAGGACGGAGCCCUCCGCCCAGCCUGGACAGAGACGCAGCUCUGCCCCCCCCAGCCCUGCUUCUACGCCAGGCGGGGCCCCACCCACCGUCUGCAUCGAGGGGUCUCCCCACCCCACCCCAACCGCCUAGGGCUUCCUCCUCGGGUGCUGGGGGCAGGGCAGGAAAGCCGCUUCCCAGCUGGGGCUGCUGGUCCCAUCGGUCGCAAGGGGAGGAGCUGCCUCAGAGCGGAUGACCA